AUGGCCCCUUACAGGGCCACUCCAGAGGCUGCUGGGCUAGGUAUUCAUGCAUUAGAGUUGGUGAAGAUAAAUCGAGGCCAGACAAGAGUUAUUAACACUGGGAUAGGGAUCCAGAUUCCCCCAGGACAAUUUGGCUUGAUAACCGCUCUCUUGAGCCUAGCCCUGAAAGGCGUUCACGUGAUGGGAGGAGUGACUGAUGCCAACUACCAAGGAGAGAUUAAAGUAAUCCUACUAAAUAAUGGUGAGCAAGAUUUAGUGAUCCAACCCCAUGACAGGAUAGCACAGCUAUUAAUAUUACCAAUCUUGAAAACAACGGUGAGGAAGGAGUACCCGCCCCAAGUUACUACUGUUCGUGGAGACAAAGGAUUUGGAUCCACCAACUUUAGUAAGGGAGCAAAG